GUUCUUGUCCAGACUUCAGAGACACUAUGAGAGCUGCAGUAAUGUUGUGAUGCUAGUCAAAAAUAAUUUUCUGUAAAGAUAUAUGUAAAAAAAAUAUAAACAAAUGAAUAAAUCUGCAGUUGAGAUUAGACAUGUUCAUUUGAAUACCAUCUUCUAUUGCUUCUGCUGAGUAAUAUGGAAACUUUGAACAGAACUGGAGCUGUAGAUUAUCUUCAUCCUUGCAAUGAAAUUGGCCGUUUUUCUUCCUCCCUUCAGAAUGUCUCCUCCAGGUUGUGCAUUUUACUAUAUAUUUUUCUUGCUGUUGUAGCUGUCGUCACAGUGUGCGGAAACCUCCUGAUAAUAGUCUCCGUGGGUUACUUCACACAGCUCCACACUCCGACCAACUCUCUCAUCGUCUCCCUGGCUGCGACGGACCUUCUGGUCGGAGUGCUGGUCUUUCCUUUCAGCAUGGCGUUCUCCCUGAGCUCCUGUCUGCUUCAUGAAGGCUUUAUAUGUCAAGUGCGGGACAUCUUUGACAUUUCCCUGAGCACCUGCUCUAUUCUGAACCUGUGCUGCAUUGCUGUUGAUAGAUAUUAUGCAGUGUGUCGGCCUCUCACCUACAGAACCAAGAUGACCAACAGUACUGCAAUGGCGAUGAUUCUGGCCAGUUGGGGUAUUUCCGGGUUAAUUGGAAUCGGUAUAACUAUUGCUGGAUUAACUCAUGAACCGUGUGAAGAAAACUGUUCUACGGAGGUUCUGCUGUCCAGCACUCUAGGUCCGACGUUUUCCUUUUACCUUCCGGCUCUCGUUAUGCUUUGCAUCUACCUAAAGAUUUUCUUAGUUGCCCAAAGACAGGCGCGCAAACUCCACAUCAAUACAAACUCUGGAGGAACAGCAAGCAAGAGGGAGAGAAAGGCCACGAAAACUCUGGCUGUCGUUAUGGGCGUUUUUCUCAUCUGUUGGACUCCUCUGUUUGUUUGCAUAACCUUGGUUCCAUUCAGCGCCGACCCGGUGCCAGUUUCUGUGAUUGAGACGCUUAACUGGGUUACUCUGACCAAUUCCAUGCUUAAUCCUUUUAUCUAUGCAUUUUUUUACAGCUGGUACAGGACAGCUUUUAGAAUGAUAGUUUCCGGGAAAAUAUUUCAGGGGGAUUUUGCUAAUUCAAAACUGUCUUGAUGUCUGUGAUGAUGUUUGUCAAGUCGGCGUGUGUAUUUGUGAUCAAGUAUAAUUUUUAACUUUUGUGGACACAAUAAAAUCCAGCAGGAGGGCUAAAUCUAUUUAGCGAUCUUCAGAGACAAGGUCAUUUGUGUGAAUUUGCGUGCCUCCAUGUCCCGUCACUUUACUGCUGU